UAUCAGAUAUCAGAUAUCAGAUAGGUGAUUGAGAAGUGUCACGUGACAAAAUAUAGAGGGGGGGGGGCACUAUGUCCCCGUAGGUUCAAAAAAGCCCGGUCCUGAUUAAUUCACUGCACGUAUAAUGUUCAUUAUAAACAUUCAUUUCAAUUUCAGAUUAGUUGAUGACUACCGUCUUUGCUGUGCCUUAUCCAAGUUGCAUCACUUUUCUAUCGAGCACAAUUGUUCAACCACCAAGCCUCAACCAGAUUUGAUUCUGUGCGAUAGCCUUAUGCCAAAUAACAUACUACGAGCGGUGCUGUGGGUAUUGGGAAUAAGCGCCCUCAUUGGUAAUUUGGCUGUCCUGUUUUGGAGGCUUAGGCAGAAAGGGGUCGGAGGGGGUAAAAAGACGCUAUCACUUAUGGUUGGAAAUCUGGCCCUCGCAGACGUCAUGAUGGGUGUGUACAUGUUAAUCAUAGCUGGUGCAGAUCUUACAUUUGGCGAGGACUACUUUCUUGUGGCCCCUGAGUGGCGCUCCAGCAUAAUGUGUAAACUUGCUGGAGUUCUGUCGGUUUUGUCCAGCGAGGCUUCGGUGUUUUUUGUGACACUCAUCAGCGUGGACUGUUUCCUAGGCAUUGUGUUUCCGUUGAAAAACUUCUCUCUCGGGAAAAAAUCAACAACAGUCAUCAUUGUUGUCCUAUGGUUUCUGGCACUUUGUCUGAGUAUCGUGCCAACACUUUCAUUUGGGUCUGAUUCUGAUGUUUAUGGACUCUCUGAUGUUUGUAUCGGCCUUCCUCUUACCACUAAGUCAUCUGGUGUGAGAAGCAAACGGAUGGAAGUGAACAUUUACCUCGCAGAAUCUGUCAUUCCCACAGGUAAGAAGCCGUCUUGGAUCCUGUCAAUCAUUCUGUUCCUUGGCGUCAAUCUGGUUUCGUUUUUUCUUGUCCUGUGUUGCUACGUCGCCAUCUUCAUCAGUGUCAAGCGGACGGCCAGUGCCGUCCGAGUGAAUGCCCACAGGGAGCGUGAAGUCAGAAUGGCGAUCAAGAUGGCGCUGAUCGUGAUGACGGAUUUCUGCUGUUGGAUGCCAAUAAUCAUCCUGGGGAUUCUGUCUCAGACGGGAACAGUCACUCUAUCCACCGAGGUGUAUGCAUGGGUUGUGGUUCUGGUUCUUCCAAUCAACUCGUCCCUCAAUCCUUUCCUUUACACUUUCUUCACAGUUUGUUGCGCGACUAAACCGAAGGCCAAACCGCAGAAAAGGAAUCAAACAAACCAAAAUUAGAACAAAGUGCAACAAACACAAA